CAUUAUUAUUGACUGACGGCAUUAUGAAUGACCAUUAAAAAUUGAACAUUUCCUAGAUUCAAAUAAAACCUAUACCCCCUAAGUACAACUGCUCGAGAUGUGGCGUUUGCACAACCCAGUUAUGGUUAAUGAGGUUCUGCAAUUAUUUCAACCUAAAUUUAAAAAAGUAUUUUUAGAUAUGACUUUUGGAGGGGGAGGUCAUUCCAAGUAUUUAUUGGAUUCUAAUCCUGAGAAUAUAGUAUAUGGAUUAGAUCAAGAUCCUUUAGCUUAUAAAAUAGCCCAAAAAUUUGAAAAGGAUUAUAAUGGUAGAUUCUAUGCCCUUCAAGGUAAGUUUUCUAAUAUUGAUUCUCUACUUCCUAAAAAUAUUAAAUAUGAUGGUAUUUUGAUUGAUCUUGGUUGCUCAUCAAUGCAAUUUGAUAAAGGUGAAAGAGGGUUUUCUUUAAACAAGAUUGGGCCAUUAAAUAUGAGAAUGGAUAAUGAUAACAACUAUAUAACAGCUCAUGAUAUUGUAAAUUUAUUGUCAGAAAUUAAUAUUAAAGAUAUUUUAAUUAAAUAUGGUGAAGAAAUGAAUGCAUCCUUUAUAGCUAAAGCUAUAAUUGAUGCGAGAAAUUUCAUGAAGAUCAUUGAAACUACUGUUGAAUUAAGUAAUAUAAUUCAAUCAGCAUUUGUUAAAUUAGACACCAAAGAUAAUAAGGUAAAAAGAACACUCUUUAAAUUAGACAAACUUGGAAGAAAUUCUCAUGUUGCCACCAAAACAUUCCAAGCACUACGAGCAUUUAUAAAUGAUGAAUAUAAUCAGAUUGAAAUAGGGUUAUUAAAACUUAAUGAUUACCUUAAAACUACUCUAUCUGCUAAUCAUUCCUUCCACAAAUUUCGAUCGAGUCAUUUCAAGAGGCAGAUAUUAUCCUACAAUCAACAAAAUAUUGUAUACAACGAUUUACAACCAGAUGAAAUAUUCCCACCCUUGUUGAUCGUAUUAUCAUUUCAUUCUUUGGAAGAUCGUUUAGUCAAACAUCGUUUUCAUAAUCAACAAUUAAGUCAAGAAAAUCAGGAUAAAUUAAAUUACCAGCCAGAAUCACAUAGAAAAUGGGUACCUUUCAAUAAAUACGUCAUUGAACCUAGUAAGGACGAAGUUCAUAAUAAUCCAAGAUCUAGAUCUGCCAAAUUGCGUUCAGCUUAUUUAGUUUGAUAUAUUUUAUAUUUGUUGCAACUUUUUUUGAUAAUCACUGCUAUUGAAAUAAUAACAAAAUUAUAUUUCUCGUUCUAAAUUUCUAAAAUAUAUGAA